ACCUAGCCUAGCGCGAUGACGAUUCCGCAGACGAGCUACUUGAGUCUACCGUCGGUGCAGAAUAUACCCGCAGGUUUUGAAACUAACAUAGAGGGCGCUGCUGCAGAUGAAAACUUGCAAACGCGCUCGACGUGCGACAGCUCUUUCUCGGUCGUGCUCCGCCAAGGAAACGACACAAUGUCGGCACACAAGACAUUUAUCAUUAAGCGCAAGCUCGCUAAGAAGCUGAAACAAAACAGGCCGAUUCCCCAAUGGGUACGCAUGAGGACUGGAAAUACAAUUAGAUACAACGCUAAGAGGCGUCACUGGCGUAGAACUAAGUUGAAGUUGUAAACAUUCCAAGCUCCCUUGGAAAACUGCUGGUUGGAUAAAUUUCAAUCUAACUUAUGUUAUUAUGCUACCUGUAAUAUCUUUGUGGAUGAAGUAAACAAUACAGUUUAUUUAACACA